AUGGCGCUCUCUCUGCUUCUCGAUGGGCGUCCGUCCUUCUACCUGGCAGCGUUGAGCUGCCUACUUGCCGUUGCAUUUCUCACAUACCGCUCUCGGCGGGUACCCAGAGGGCUUCGUCGACCUCCCGGCCCAAAAGGGCUUCCUAUCGUGGGUAACACCCUUCAAUUAGGCCCACAGCCUCAAAAGAAGUUGCUUUCUUGGGCAGCUGAAUAUGGCGAGGUGAUGCAGGUCCAGAUAGGGUGGGAAAACUGGGUCUACCUGAAUUCCCCUAGCGCGGUCAAGGAGAUCAUCGACAAGCAAAGCUCGAUUACUUCCAGCCGUGUUCCCAUGCCCGUGGGGAACGACAUCAUCAGUGGUGGCAUGCGAUUUCUUCUCAUGGGCUACACGCCAGUAUGGCGCAAGCUCAGGGCGAUUGUCCACAAGCUUCUCACUCCCAAGGCGUCCAAUGUCUUCAGGCCGUCGCAGGAGUUUGAAACCAAGCAGCUCCUGUUCGAUUUGUUGACCGACAACAAGGACGACCAAGAUUUCUACAUGCACGUCAGGCGCUACAGUACCUCUGUUGUACUGACAUCUACAUACGGACUGAGAGCUCCGCAAUGGGAAUGCGAAAAUGUCAAGGAGAUCUACGGCUUGAUGAAGGAGUUUUCCGAUAGCACGGCUCCGGGAGCAUUUUUAGCUGAUAUGAUUCCUCCGCUCGCGAAACUUCCCGUUUUUCUCCAGUGGUGGAGACCACGAGCGCUCAAAUAUCAGCGUCGACAAGUCAAGAUCUGGACAAAGCUAUGGGACGACCUGAUUGUCAAGAUCAACAACAAAACGGCCCCAGAGUGCUUUGUCAAGCAAUUUUUGGAGACGGAUUACAAGAAACAAGAGAUCAGCGAAAUUCAGGGCGCAUUUAUGGCAGGUACCAUGAUUGAGGCCGGAUCCGAGACAACGUCGUCUUCGUUGAACAGCUUGAUUCUGUAUCUCUCGGCAGAUCCCGUUGUUCAAGCAUGCGCUCAUGCCGAAUUAGACAGAGUAGUUGGCGCGACUACGCCACCGAGGUUUGAGCAUGAAGACGACCUUCCAUAUAUUCGCGCCAUGAUCAAAGAGAUCCUCCGCAUCCGGCCAGUCACGAACAUGGGCACUCCGCACUACACCACCGCCGAUGUGAAAUACAAGGACUACUACAUCCCCAAAGGCACAGUCGUCGCCAUACACACCUACGCGCUCCACCACGACAAACGCUACGACGACCCCUUCCGAUUCAAGCCCGAACGCUACCUCAACCACCCCCUGAAAGCAGGUGCAUACGCGAGCCACCCCGACCCCUACGCUCGCGACCAUUUCGACUUCGGCGGCGGUCGGCGGAUCUGCCCCGGCAUGCACCUCGCGGAGAACAGUCUCUUCAUCACCCUCGCGAACAUCCUGUGGGCAUUCAAGAUCGAGCCGGGGCGCAACGCCGAUGGGACGGUUCAGGUUGUCGACACCUCCGACGAUGCAUUUGAGCUAGGUGCGAAUACACUUCCGAAGCCGUUCAAGGCUCGGUUCGUUCCUAGAGAUGCGCAGAGGGCGGAGAUUAUCCGGAAACAGUGGGAGAAGGCUAGAGAAGAAGGUUUCUUUCUGGGGGAUAUCAAGGUGGGUCUUGAUGGUGUGGUUACCAGCUCCUGA